AUGACGGCGCUGGUCCGCGAGCCGGCGGUGGCGGUGGCGGUGGCGGCGGCCUCGCAAAUGCAGCCGGACGAGGAGGCAUGGGCAAGCCAUGAGCCUGUGGAUCCCGAGUGGCUGCCUUCGGAUACAGCAAGCGAUGGCACUCACAGCGUUCACACACCGCCCUCCUCAGCGGCCUCGGGCUCGACCAUCCGCCUCACCGGCGGGGCUUUGAAUUCUUCCAAUCAGGAGCCUAACAUGAUGGUCUACGAACCGACAGAACCGCUGCCCAUGGCCACGAGUCAGCGAGGUGCUCCGUCCCCCACCUUUGUGGCCAGACAUGGCGCGCCAAGUAGCCCUGGCCCCGAGCCCGCAAGCGUCGCGAUCAAACCCCGAGCUCAGCGACAUAUCCGCGACGAGCGUGCGGCUGUGCGCAAGCGUGCCAUCUUGGACGAGCAGAGCGUGGGCCACCCCCUGCCUCCGCCAGGCACCAUCAGACACUACCGGCGGGCCUCCGGCUCCCAUCCCAAGUCCCGCCCGGCACCCAAUCAACCAAGUCGGUCACGACGCAAAAUAGCCACCACCUCCAACUCGGCCUCAUCCCAAGACACCCCAAACUCGGCUGCGGGCACGCAUCGAGCACAGCGCAUCACCCCCUUCUCCUGGCGCUUGCAUGCAUCGGCCAGCGACAAACCCCGCUCUGCCAAACCCAGCCGCCCAAAUGCCUCGACCGAGCGCAGGUCGAAUCCCCCUGCUACUCUGCCGCUCCCCGCCUCCAAAGGACCCGACGUUCUGGACAAGUCGAGUCGCUCAGCGUCCCCGCCACCCCGACAACCCAUCUCCAACCUUGAUCCCGAACUACUGGCCCGCCGCCUUGAACACCGAACCCCAACCCGAUCACGUUGGGGUGGCUCGCUAGCAGACAACGCGCACUCGGCCUCGACCCAUCAUCGCGCUGGCCGUGCCGUGCCUUGGGAAGAACGGCCCGAGCACACUGCCGUGGUCGACUUUAUGCGCCGCAAGCGCCAACAGCGCAAGGCGCAAACAGCCGCCCAGCGCGAGGCACAUCGUGAAGCAGAACAGGCCCGAAAAGAAGCGCUCAAUCGCCUCGACGAGCUCCGUCGGGCACAACGCGAAGCUCCUGCCCUGCAAAUCUGGACCCAUGAGGCCGAAGAUGGGGCCGAAGAUGAGGAUGAGGCUGUAGCCUCUGAUAUCGACGCGGGCGAUGGACAUCGUCACUCCAGCGCCGAUUAUGAGGCUACCGAUCGCGUGUCUUCCCUCCGCUCCACCACUGCCGAUUCGCACGGUCAUCUCGCUGGUGGAAUCGACCCCGCCUUGGCCGGCCGUGUCCCAAUGGGGCUGCAGUCGCGCGCGCGCCUAGCUGCAGCCGCCAACGCCAUGUCACCAGCCACGUUUUUGCCCGACGCCAGCCCUGCUGGUCAACCGGACGAUUUGGCUCCCGCGAUGCUUCAGCCCUGGGCUCUGGCCUCGGGUCCACGCCCUACCACAGCAGACAGUCUUAUGCUGGAUGCAACCGAACACUUUGAUCUCUCCUCCAGCCUCAAUCCAGCCGCCAGGCGCUCUCAGCCAUCCACCAUGCCUCUGCCCCACCAGACCGCUGGCGAACCCGAGCAUGUACUGACCGAGCUGCUACGCUUGCACGAUCGCGUGCAAGAGCUGCCCAGCCCCGAUGCCCGUCAGCCCAACCGCCAGCGAUUGCGGGAACUCCUCGGCGCUCUGCACUCGGUUGCCACCGACCUCUUUGAGCCCCUCGCUCGUGAGUCUGCGGAUUCACACUCAGUCCCACAUCAACCAGAUGAGCUAGCUACAAACUCCGUCCGCACGCGGCAGGAAGAGCUGGCCGCUGCUGCUGAACGAGAAAUUGAAGACCUGAUCAUGGCCACAACGCUGGAGCUUAACAACGCGUCGCCUGCAGCAGGCACACAUCCAGACGCGAGGCCUGCCCUGCCAGGUGAACUUGAUCUCCGCUCUCAUCUGGCAAGCGUCGAGGCUCAGGAAGCUGCGGAGCAGCAACGCCAGCAAGCUGCUCGCCAACGGCUCACGCGCCCAACAAGAGAGCCAUCUUCGGACCCACUAACCCCCCGCCUAAAUCAACCAGAGCAGGCGAACCCAUCUCCACAAGCCUCCUGGCGCAUCGACCUGGACGCCCCCCCUGCCCGCCGUCCCGCAUCACCUGCGAACCACACGAUCCAGCCCCGCGCUGCACUUGCCGUUCCUGCACAGCCCGCUCCCACCUCCCAUCACGGGGAAGAGCCCGGCCUGCUGGAGCUACUGCUGCGACGUUAUGGUGUCCAAGAUAAUGGCAUGCAGACACAGGCCGUGGCAACCCCUACCCGCGUUGAUACAGCGGUCCAAGCUCCGGGUAGCACCGAUCAAGCGUGUCAAACAUCAACGGUGGUGGCUGCUGCUUUGCCUGACCACGAAGAGCUCGUUGCAGCUGGUCUUGUCGCAGGACGCCUUGCCACCGAUCAAGAGCCUCAUACGCAUGCAGAGCCAACACAGCCCUUCGCGACGACUGAAAGUAACCUGUAUCGCUCCGACGCCAUCCCACCUGCGGGGUCGGGCUCAGCGGCUGCCUCCCGUUCAGACUCGCCGUUGCUGCAAGACGAGGAUGGGAACUCAGUGGAGCACCGUGGCAGCCCAAGCCCAAGCCCAAGCCCCAACCCAGAACGGGACGCCAGUCCCAUCCAGCGCUCGACUCCACGAGAGCCGGAAGAGGAUGUGCGCUUGGCCCCAGAUGACCUGCAUCGUCAACUGCUUGGUGAACUCAACCUUUUACUGACGAUUGACGAAUCGCUUCAGCAACUGGGCGUUACCUCGGAGAGCAUGGCGCUAUCACACGCGCAACAAGAAACUGUGGCUCUCGCUCAGCUGUUGCAAGCACGGCAAGCUGAGAUUACUGCCAUCAAGUUGGAGGCCGAAGAGCACCAACAGCGUGUCGUGGCCGCAGCCGAGGAGCGCGUGCAAGCAGCCAGCGCCAUUGCGUCGAGCGAAGCGGUGGCGCGAGUGCGUGCUGACCAGCGGCGCGAUCGGCAGGAGGCGCAGGCUCAGCUGGACACCACGGUGCAGUUGGCGACCAAUGUCUUACAAACCAUGCAGCAGCAACCCGCUGCCCUCUUGGACACACAGCGACAGCUGGCCGAACCUGUUCUAGCAGAGAUUCGCGGCACGCAACGGAGCCAGCGUGAGCUGAUUGAAGCUGUGCGCGGCCUCGUCGAUGCCAUGCACGCGACGGCCACAGCUGCCCCGCCAACGGCUGCUGUCGCAAAUCACGCACCCGCUUUCUCUGAAAGAGCUGCCCAACCCUCCGCAGUGGGGUACUCGGAGGACUUUGAAAAUACCGGCACCUCAUUGACCCUCGAGGAUUUGUCAGACCUUGCCGGCCCACCAGUGCCGCAGCCCGGACCACACAGUGAGCCACACACUGAUAUACAGACUGAUCGCAGCAGCCCAAUGCCAGUGAGCGACGGUCCGCAGCUAAACUCUUUUCAGGGCACGUCGACACCGGUCGAAACCGGCAGCGCUUUUGAUGUGCCUUCCGAGGCACCCUCGGUCGUGUCGUCAAUUCCAAGUGCAACAGCUGAUGUUCCGAGCGCCAUCCCGACCGCUUCGAUGCCCGUAUCUUCAGCAAUACAAGUUCAGACUUCUGCACGCAGGUCGCUACCCGCACCGACAGCCUCAGUUGCCACCGCAGCAGAUGUCUCCGACUCUUUUGCCGCCUCGGGGAGCACUGACAAGAGCGUUCCGGAUGAUCUCGUUGAUUCCAAACCUGCAACCAAACCAAAGCCUCGCACUCUCCCUCCCGACUUGAGCAACGAUGCUGAAUCUCCAGCGGCUCUGCCAGAUGGGCCACAAGUUCCGUCUUUUGCACGCUUUGAGGAGGACAGCCGGCGGCACGCAGAGCGUAGUGUCCAAGCCGAAGACGAGUCUCUUCGUUUGCAGCUGGAAAUCCUCCAAGGACAAGAGGCGGUUUCGCUGCAGCGGAUUGAGGAGCGCUUGACACGCGUGCGAGCUCUUCUCGGUAGCAGCUCACAAGGUGUGGGGCGCAGCAUGCUCGAGCGACGCUUGCAGGCAUUGACCCUGGAGCACGAUCAAGCCCGUGCGUACUUUCGUGCUCAGCGUCAAGGCAUGGAUGCCGAGUGCAUGCAGCGUAAGCUCGGCAUCUGGCGUCGGCACGAAGAUGCCAUUCGCGACUACUAUCGAUACUUGCGUGGACAAGAGCAGGACUUGGAUCUGGGAGCACCAGAAGACUCUGCCCCAUAUUCAGAUCUACAUCAAGCGCCUAUGCACAGCAAAUCUAGCGCCAUGCCAGUGGCCAAGCCGCAGCACCACCAGGCUCAACCUCUGGCUCAGUCUUUGCCGGCCCAUGCCACACGCGAUCCUGUUUCUGAUUUGUCAAUGGGCGAAGCAAGCGACGUCGAGCCGACCGCCCUUCAGACCCUUCCAAGCACAGUGGAAGCCGUUGAACGAGCAGCAUCCACGUACUUGCAGCGGCGCCAAGCCGCUUUGCAGGCUAAGCGGGAGCAGCUGCAAAGUUUGCAGGUGCAGCAAGCCGAGUACGUCCGCAUGCGUGCGCAGCUGGAUGAGGAGGAGCGUGAGCUAGCUCAGCUUGCUCAGGAAGCCAUUCUGCUUCAUCGACAGCGAUAUCGCGUCAACCAAUCAACUCCGUCCCGUCACAAGACAACGACGGUCCCGAAGCAGUCGGCGGAAUUGCCCUCUGCGUCUCUAGGCUAUUCGGACGAUUUUGAGCCUUCUGCAUCGAUUGGUGACGCCUCUGAUGGUUUUAGAAAUGGCAGUUUUGUGGCCAGCUUCGAGGGCUCGGCCCCUGCCACCGACGUGCCCAGCUUCGAGGGCUCGGCCCCUGCCACCGACGUGCCCAGCUUCGAGGGCUCGGCCCCUGCCACCGACGUGCCCAGCUUCGAGGGCUCGGCCCCUGCUACCGACGUGCCCAGCUUCGAGGGCUCGGCCCCUGCCACCGACGUGCCCAGCUUCGAGGGCUCGGCCCCUGCUACCGACGUGCCCAGCUUCGAGGGCUCGGCCCCUGCCACCGACGUGCCCAGCUUCGAGGGCUCGGCCCCUGCUACCGAUGUGCCCAGCUUUGAGGGCUCGGCCCCUGCUACCGAUGUGCCCAGCUUCGAGGGCUCGGCUCCUGCUACCGACGUGCCAAGUUUUGAGGGCUCGGCUUCCGCGAUGGAUGUCAUGGAGACGAAUGCGCCAUCGGUCAUUGACAGCUUUGCGCCAGACCGCAGCGCCCCUUCAUCGUUCAAUGGAGGCUCCACGUCCAAGACUGCCGAGAGGGCGGCGGGUGAAGCCUAUUCAGACUCGUUUGAAAGCUUUCAUCCCUCCACGGCUCACUCAACGCCCAGUCGACCACCACCCUCUGCCCAGAUGCUUGCCACUGUUGUGGAAGCGGACAUUUCGUUGGGUACUGACACCGAGGAGGGCCAUUUGCAAGAAGAGAUUGCCCUCUUGCAGGAGCAGAUUCGCUCACGUCAGCAGGAACUGCGGCAGCGCGUUCACGCGCAACGCAAGGCCCAGCUGACGCACCAGCGCUCACAACUUCAAGCAGAACUGGAUGCCUUGGAGCAUAAGCUGCAAGACGUUGCAUCUGCGCCGGUACCAGAGCCCACUUCGCACCAGGCAUCGCGGCUGCCAAAGGACGACCUGCAGGAAGCCUUUGAGGAGGCAGAUGAAUAUUCGGAAGACUUUGAGUCAAAUCACGAGCCGACCUUUGUUGACACCGCACCACAGUCGAUUGCCGAAGCGUCGUCACCGAGGGCCAGCGUCCCGCGAGCAUCGCAACGCCCAUCAGUUGUGGAUGAAGAACUCAGCGACUUUGAUGCAGGAUCAUCCUUGGCUGAUGAAAGGCCACAGGGGGCGGUCGCUGCUGCAUCCACAACGGCCGGCGCACUGGCUACGGAAACAGCCUAUUUGGAUGAAGACUUUGAGGACGAUGAUGAGGAGGUAUCUGAUGCAGUCAAUUAUCCAGGAGCAGCCGUAGAGGGGCUUGACUUGGUCUCAUCUUUCGAGGCCUCGCCAGCUGGCGAAGUAACCGACGCCUCCAUCGCCUCUAUUCCUGACGAGGCAGAACUGCCGGUCUCUGAUGUGGUCUCCACGCGGGCCAGCGAUGCGGUGGCCCUCGCGUCAUCGGGCAAGGACGGCUACUCUGAGGACGCCUUUGAAGAAGAAUCGAGCGUGGCCUCCACUCUUUCUGAACCGAACGCAGGCGGGGAAGUGCUGUCAGUGACGCUUCCAGCUGCCAGUUUGGAGCCGAGGCUCGCGACAGGCUCCGAAGAACUUGAAAACCAGAAGACGCUGGUUGCCAGUGAGUCAGCCGAUGAAGUGGAGGUUUCCUCGGUGCGCUCGCUCUCAGGUCUAGCAGCGCUGAGUGACCCGCGGGAGAGCGAUGACAGCUUUACGAGCGUUCAACGUCAGGCUGAGGUUGUGGCAUCCCAGUGGGUUAGUGAUCUUGUGGAGGAUGCCAUUUAUGACAUGUUAGACCUUGUGCCUCUUGAGCUUGCCGAGGGCGAAGAGGCAAGCCCUUUGGAUGAACCAGCAUCUUCGCCCUCGUCCACGACGCCUACGCCCACGCCGCCCCCCGUGGUCGCGGUAGAGGACGCCUUCACCUCUCCUCGCCGUGCGGGGGGCACGCCCACAUCACCGACGGCCGAGCGCGUGCAGCGCCUUCAGGAAGAGCGCGCUGUGCUCUCACCCCCGGUGACCCCGGACACGGCAUCAAUGGCUACACUCGAUAAUUCCGGCUCGGAUGCUUUUCUUGUUCAUACGGUGACACAGAUGGCGCAUGACUUUGUGGCUGCGGGCUGCCCGUGGGAUAACUUGCCUCUGGAUUUGCCCACGUCCCGCGGUUAUCGUCGACUCUCAAGCGAGCAGCUGCAGCUGUGUGUGGAUCUCUUGAACGAGAUUUUGCUCAGCCUUCGUCUUGAUCUUGGCCAUUCGUAUGCGCCUCGACAAGUCACAUGGAGAAACCUGCUGAGUGAAGAAGACAUGCUCAUAAACGAGAUGGCAACAACAUUUGUUGAGCACGAGCUGGCUGAAGCUAUGCACGCCAUGGCUGGGGACCUUGAUCUCUUGGCCAUUUAA